AUGGACACAAACAAAGUAUAUCUACCCAAAAAUAUAACGCUACCCUGUAAGUUAAAAUGGGCGGUAGAUGAUAAUUCUAUGGUUAGUUCAAACCAAAUAAUUGCUUUUAUUAUUGAGACUAAAAAUGAGAAUAUAAAUGUUCAAAAUGAUGAGUUAAUAAACAAUAAUAAUAAUUCACAAAAUACUAAUCAACAUAAUUUUGAUCACAGUACAAAUGAACAGAAUAAUGCAAAUAAAUGUAUUAACAGUAUAGGCACUUUAAAUGAUGAAAAUGUGAAAAAUAAGGAAAAUGAAAUAUAUGCCGAAAAUACUAAAAAUGAUCCAAAUUAUCAGAAAAUUGUAAAUAGCCAAAAUAAUGUCAUAAAUUUUAUACUAAAUAGUAGAAACACGCGUGAGAUUAAAGAGAGUAAUCAUAUAUUCUUACGAUGUAAUAAUAGCGGUAGAAUAAAUAUUUUAAAAAAAAAUAUAAGCCCUCAAAAAGAUGAAUAUGUAUAUAUUGACAACCCUAAUGAAUUAUUAUGUGAAAUUAAUGAUGAGGAAUGUAAACAUGAAAUAAUAUUUUCAGGAUUAUGUGCAAAUUGCUUUAUGAAUCAAGAAGAAAUAAAUAAAAAUAAAAAUGAAAAAUAUUUUUUAUCACCUGGCUUUAUAACAAAUGAAAAAAAAUUAUUUAUAAAUACAGAUAAAGCUAUUGAUCUAGAAAAGGAAAGAAUACAAAAUAUUAUAAAUAAUAAAAAAUUAUGUUUAGUUUUAGAUUUAGACAAUACAUUAUUGCAAGCUUCUUUUUGUAUUCAUUCUGUUCAUAUUGAAAAAGAUGUAAUAAAUAUAACGACUGAUUUUGAUGACGACGAUUUUGUACAAAUGUAUAACCACUCAAGAGAUGAAAACCGACCUAGUGAUAAUAAUCCUGAAAAUGGAGAAAUAAAUAUUAAAACAGAGAAUGGUCCAUUAAACGAUGGUAAAGAUUGUUAUAAAAAAUUAUAUAACAUUCUAAAUCAGGGAAUAGAAAAAGAUGAAAUAAAUUCUGAAAUGUUAAAAUUUUUUUUUAAUACAAACAAAAAAAAAAACAAUAAACUAGAAAAUGAUGUUUACCAUGAUAUAAAAAUGAGCUAUGAAGAGUAUCUUAGCUUUUUAGCUAAAAUUAAUACAUUAAAUUUAUUAAAAUAUAAUGGAAAAUAUAUACAUUAUGAAGAUUUAAAUGAUGAAGCCAUAAAAGCAAAAAUAAAAAAAUUCGAAUCAUCAGUGUUAAAAACAACUGUAAAAUACGACAAAGGAUUAUAUACUAUAUAUUAUAAAUUAAGACCAGGUGUAAUUGAAUUUUUACAAAAAAUGAAUCAAAAAUAUGAAAUAUAUUUAUAUACAAUGGGAACAAUAGAGCAUGCUAAAUCAUGCUUAUUUUUAUUAGAUCCAUUAAAAAAAUUUUUUGGUAAUAGAAUAUUUUCAAGAAAAGAUUGUACAAAUGGAAUGAAACAUUUAAAUCGAAUUCUUCCAACAUAUCGAAGUAUAUCUAUUUGUGUUGAUGAUAGUGAAUAUAUUUGGAAAGAAACAAAUUCGUGUAUUAAAGUUCAUGCAUAUAAUUAUUUUCCUGAAAUUCAAUUUUUAGGAGAUAUAAAAAAAAAAACAUAUUUUUUAACAAAAUUUUUUUCUAUGGCUCAAUCAUAUUUAAACUUUUCAACAGAUAUUUAUAGAUUUAUUAAUUUUAAAUGCAAUGAAUAUGAAGAAAUCAAAAAAAACUAUUUAAAUAACAUUAUGAUAAAUAAUAUAUAUACACAAAAUUUAUCUAUUCCUUAUUUGGGUCCCAUGGGUAUACAAAUGGAGGGCCCUCAUGGAAAUAUGAAUAAUACGAUAUUUGUUAAUAAUUCGAAUAUAGUAAAAAAUGAAAAUACUAUAGAAAAUGGAAACCUUUCCGAAGAAAAUAAAGACAAUAUAUCUAAUGGAGUCAAUAAUAUUAUCGAUAAUACCCUAAGUAUAAACUUUGAUGAGGGCAAUGAUGAAAAUUCUAACGAGAUGCUUAUAGAUUUGGAAAAGGAAUUCGAAACAGAUAAUGAAAAUGAUUCAAAUUUAAAAAGAAAAUCACAUAAUUCGAAUAAAAUAAACUUGGUAACUGAUCACGAACUAGUUAAUUAUUCAUAUCCUCUUGAUACCACAUAUGCUAACCAAAUAGAAAAUACUAAUGAAUCAAUUUUAAAUAUUCAAACAAAUACAAGUAAUAUCGAAGAGGCUAAUAAUAAUGCCAUAUUCGCAUCAUUGGAGAAUGAUACUAGCUAUUUAGAAGGCAUUUCAGGAGGUAAGGAUAUGUCUGAAAUACAAAAUAACAAUUUAAUUUUCUAUCUAGAUCAAGAUAAUUCCUUUUUAAAUAAACCUAAUGAUGAACAUAAUAUAGACAUGGUACAUUAUUCUGAAUCAACCGAGUCAUUAAAUAAUAAUACAAACAUAUCGAAUGAACAAAAUAUAUUAGCUGAUAAUUUAGAUCAAUUUUAUAAUAAAGAUGAAAAUGAUGAUUUGGAUUUGAAUUUAGAUGAUGAUGAAGAUAUGCUUUUUCUAAAUGAUGAUAUACUAAAUAACGAUCUCAAUAAAAAAACGAAAAAAAAAAAAAAAAAUAACAGUAAUGAUAUAAAUAAAAACGAUAAUGCAUCAAAAAUAUAUACAACUAAACACCCACCUUUAUAUGAUGAACAAAAUAUGCCAAAUAAUAUUAAUCAAACUAAUUAUUUACAACCGAAAUUAAAAUAUAUAUCUCCAGAAGAUGAAAUGAUUUUUAAAUUUAUAUCUGAAAAAACAUUUAAAAAAUAUGAAAAUUAUGUAACACAUUUUUUAGACAAUUAUUUUAAGGAGCGCGAUUUUAAUAACAAUUACCAAAUUAAAAAAGAGUCACAAGAACCUGAAAAAAAAAUUGCAGAUUCCAUGAUAUCAGAAAUUACUUCUCAGUUUAAAAUAAAAAAGGAAGAACCAAACAAUAGUAGUGAUAUGUUUGAGAGAGAAAAAAAAUAUGAUGGAUCAGAUAUUCACGAAAUGAAUAAUAAUCAUGAAGAACAAAUUCAAAAAUCAAGAAAAGGUAGAAAAUUUUGUGGGGAAGAUUUAAUAGAAUUUCAAAAUGUAAAUAAGAAAAAAAAAACUAAUUUAGAAUAUUCAAAUGAAAACAAUAACGCAAAUAAAAGCUGUGCAAACAUAUCAAAUAACAAAUUAAACUAUAACGACGGAAAUGAAAAAUAUAUCAACGAAUAUUAUGAAACAUUUUUUAUUCCCAAAAAUUUAAAGGAAAAUAAUUUUCAGGACAAUGAUAAACAAUUAUAUUAUUUAGUAACUAUACUAGACGAAAUACAUUAUGUGUUUUAUAAACUUUUUGAUGACUUUAAAGCAAAUAAAAUAAAUGAAAAAAAUGAAGACUCAAAAAUAUAUAAUUAUUUUUUACGAUAUCCAAUAGUUAGAACCAUAUUAAGGGAAUUCCGAAAAAAAAUUUUAAACAAUUGUACGUUUAACAUAUCCCAUUUACCUGAUGACAUACAAAGAAGCGAUUUUAUAGACAACAUUUUUAAACUUGGAGGGUUUAUAAAUAAUAACAAUUACAGCCACAUGUUGACAAUAAAUAACCCAUUAAAAACUGAAAGUGCAGAAAAAACAAAAUGCUCAAAUUUAAUGCUAAUUGAAAGAGCUUUAUAUACUUGGAAAUUUCCUGAUGCAAAAUAUUAUGACAUGAACACAUGGAAACAGCCAUACAGAAAUUUCUGGGAUGUCCUUGAAUAUGAAGAAAAAAAUUAA